UAUCUGCAGAAAGCACACCUGUCAGAGAGAACAUUGGACAUGGCAAAUCCAAUUAAAGAAUUUGAACCCAAUGUCCUAAGACAUGUACAUGAUGAUGAAGAGGGCAAUAACUUUGCCAGUGAAAUUGUGUGCCACUUUAUGGAAGGAAGAUACUUUAUAAAGACCAAGUUUCAUGAAGAGUUUCUUGAAAAAUUAAAGGAUAAAAGAGCAACAAAAAGUACCUGGAUCUAUUUAAAUGGACUUGAGGGUUUGGGGAAAUCAUCAUCUGCUAUUUACUAUGUUUUGAAAUGUCGGGAAAAUGGUGAUGUGUCAGUUCAUUAUGUUGACCUGGAUAGAAUUGAAACAAGAGAUGAAGAUUUGGAAUCCUUCAUAGCUUAUUCUAAGAAAUUUGGAAAUAGGGACUGCAUUAUAGUGGAUCAUCUAACCCUGUGUAAUGCUCAUUAUUUAGAAAAGGUUCAAAAAAUUGUGAAGCGGCAAGUUUCAUAUCCAAAGUUCAUUCUCAUUGAAACAGGUUUCACUGCAAGUGCACAUAAGUGUAUGGAAUUAGGGAGAGAAUUUCAGCUUGAUGAAGACUCUUUUCUCAACAUUUGGAAAGGAUCUUUAGAAUACCUAUUAUCGCAAAAAGACAAGGAGGAUAGGAAUUAUGAGCAUAGAUUAGGCCUUUUAGAUAAAGGAAAGGAGGUUUAUGAUGAAUUUUCAAAGGAGUACAUAAUGACACCUAGACUAUUGAACAGUGUGUUGGAGGAUAUGUAUACCAGAACAGAUGGAACAGUUGAAGAGGCAUUUGCACAGUAUACGAAAGAGAAACAACAUAAAAUCCUUAAUUGUAAAAGUUCAGAAAACGUUGAAUAUGCCAAGUUUCAGCUCCACACUGCUGUUCUUCUCCAUUGUAUUCCAAACAGACAAGAAAUCAUCAUUAAAAGAGAAUGGGCACAGAAAAUAAACAUAGGAAUCAAUAUUUUUGAAGUUGAGCCUUACAGAAUUCAAUCACAAGAUCUACAAAAUAAUCUUGAGUAUGCAAGGAUGGGUUUGGAUGUUGGGGAUGUCUGUGUGAAAAUUCGGCAUUUGAUUCCUAACUUAGCAAACUGUUGGCGAGAAAGGUUUCCUUAUGAUUUAGAAGGGAUGCUACAAAUUGCCAAAAAUGUUGGUUCUGAUGAAAUUUUGCCAAUUAUGUAUCAAAAUGGUGGAGCAAGAAAAGAGUUUGAAAAAUUGUUAGUUGAGACUCAGAAAGAGAUCCAAUCUGUUCUUUUGCCAUUCUCCAUUGGUGGUGAUACAUUGUAUCAGGCAUCACAAUCAAAGCAAGAAGUGUUACAAACACCAUGUACAGUAGUGCCAUCUGUCGAAAAUUUCUUUGAACGAGAUGGAAAAGAGUUAUCUUUGUAUAAUCAAGAUAUACCAGAAAAUUUCAAAGGUCAUGAACAAAAUGUGGCUUUAUUUUCCCUGUUUAUAAAACAACUUUCAAAGUCAGUUGAUAGGUUUUUGGUGUAUCCACUGAUAACAAAUUUCAUGGGAGUAGACUACUUUGUUUUUUACAAUGUUUGUGUUGAUAAUAAUGAAGGUUGUACAUCACGUAAAAGGGUCAAAGUUCAAGAAAAAACAUUGUACCUUGUUCAAGUGGCAACAGGUGCUAUGCAUCGAGGUGAUACAAUUGGUCAAGCUUUGAAUGUGGUGAAACAAAUUUUUGCAAAUGAAGAUGUUAUAGUUCAUGCUGUUGUUAUUGUUGCAAGUCAGAAUAAAAGGUCCUUCACAUUGACCAGGUGUGCAUUUGAAAACAUUUCUGUGAUUAACUUAAAUGGAACAGAAAAGCCAUUACUACAAAAUAACUGCCUCCUGUAUCAAUUUUACUUAGAACUUUUGAAGUCAUCCUAAGCUUUGAUACAUGUACUGGUUCAUACUGAAAAUGGCUUGCCAUGAUUUAUUAUUUCAAAGAUAGAAAAUGAUGUUCUAAGACCAUUAUGCUCAGUUGAUGUACAAUACCUGUGAGUCUCUUUUUCUUUACAUGAAAACUAUACGGAAAGAUAUAUCACUUCCAUAAUUGAUAUAUCAGUAUUUAUUUUAUAAGGGAUUGAUAUGUAUUUAUACAUUAGAAAGUUAAUUACUGUUAGUUAUAAGUCUAAUCUAUUGGUUAUUAUAUGUCUGCCUGUACAUAUUAAUCAUCUAUCACAGUUUUGUUAGCAACUACUAAUUACACAUGCUUAAAAUUUUAACCAACUCUUUGUUAAGGCAUGUCUUAUAGUGGUAUUUAUAUUUGAAAAAAAAAGCUGAUGUUAACUUCCUGUUGAAUGAAUUUAUUUUUGUCCAUAACAAAUUUUCAUCAGUGGCAACUUUUACAGUGUCCAAAACACAAUACUAUACUCUAAUGUAUUUAUAUUUUUAUUUU